CGAGAUUUUUUUUCUUCCUUAAUUUACAGUCAAGUUGUUGCAGGUAAUUUUACAAAGCAAACCCGUCUGUGGAAUUCUUCCAAGUGGGUUUAUUCGGAGAAAAGUUCGUUGUCGUAAUUAUUGAGUAAAUUCAAAGAACCAUCGGUGAUGAAUGAUCUCGAUGUUAACUGUUCGUCAUAAUCAAAUACUUAGUAGGUUCUGUCAGCUUGAUAUUUGAGUUAGUACACGCACACUGAUAUUCUUCUCCUUAUCCUCAAUCUCUUUACUUAUUAGACCACAAAGAAACAGUGUUCAGUGUUUCGACUGUUUGGUGUUUGGCCUAAACGACCUUUCCCUCAGACCAGUCAUUGUAGGAAUGUGAGCAAAGUCUGCUCUAGGGAUCUCACCUGCCCAGUAAGGUGCAAUUAUCUUGAAAUAGCAGCAAUUUGCAAACAUGGUGCUGGGGAAGAAUUCCCGAGGCGAGGGGAGGAACAUACCAAACUACUGUUCAACGGUUUCUAUAGCUGUGUUCGUUGCAUUUUGUUUGGUUGGUGUAUGGAUUAUAAUGUCAACCAUUGUUCCAAUUCAGAAUUCAGUCAUUCAGGUAUCUGAGACCAUUAGUGAUGUAAAAGAUGUACAGAGUGAUUCCACGCAAUUUGAAGAAAAAUCUGGUGAUAUACCAGAAGAACCAAGAGAGGGAGAUAGCCAGACUCUUAAACCUCAGAGCGAUAGCUUUGCAGAAAGCCAGAAUGAACAAAAGGAAAUUGGAGAAUUGUCUGAUAAAAUGGCUAACGAAAACCAGGAGGUUGUUAGGGAGAGCGCAGAUGAAAAGAAUGAUUUUGAGAAGGAUCCCGGGAAUACUGCUGAGGAGAAUGAUCAAAUGAGGAAUGUCAAGCCGAGCACUGACGAGAAGGAGAAAGAAUCAGAUGGAACAUUAAAUUCUGACUCUGCAGAAACAGAAACUUUGAAUGGUCAAGUUCAUAAUGACGAGCUCAUAGGAUCAAUGGAAACUUUAGAGGAAAAGGAAUCUAACAAGAGUGCACAUGAUAACAAAUUAGGGACAGAAAAAAGUAUGGAUAAAGUUACACAACAGGAUAAGAUAGUUAAUGAGACUGAAGAGGAGAUAGCAAAGAUAAAUACACAUUCUGAAACAACACAAAGUUCUGGAGAGAGUAACACAGAUAGCCAUGAAAAUAGUCAAGCUUCAAAAAACGAUUUUAUUACUGAUACACAAUCAGAAACUUUGAUUGAAACUAGCGCUGAAAAUGGAACCUGGUCAACUCAAGCCACAGAGUCACAACAUGAAAAGGAAUUACAGAAGUCUUCAGUUUCUAUUGACAGCAGAAGGUAUGAUUGGAAACUUUGUAAUACAACUACCGGAUCAGAGUAUAUUCCUUGCCUUGACAAUUGGCAAGCAAUUAGAAGGCUUCAAAGUAUAAGGCACUAUGAGCAUCGUGAGAGACACUGUCCUGAUGAAGCUACCACUUGUCUUGUUUCUCUGCCCGAGGGCUAUAGAAGCCCAAUUAGGUGGCCUAAAAGCAGGGAAAUGAUAUGGUACAAGAAUGCCCCACACACAAAGCUUGUAGAAGUUAAGGGUCAUCAAAACUGGGUUAAAGAUGCUGGUGAAUACCUUACUUUUCCAGGUGGGGGAACUCAAUUUAAACAUGGAGCUCUUCAUUACAUAGAAUUCAUUCAGAAAUCUCUUCCUAAAAUUGCAUGGGGGAAGAGAAGUCGAGUGAUAUUGGAUGUUGGGUGUGGGGUAGCCAGCUUUGGAGGCUAUCUGUUUGAAAAAGACGUGCUGACCAUGUCAUUUGCUCCUAAAGAUGUGCACGAGGCACAAGUACAAUUUGCUCUGGAACGGGGAAUUCCUGCUACACUAGGUGUCAUGGGCACCAUAAGAUUACCCUACCCAGCUUCUGUCUUUGAUCUUGUCCACUGUGCUCGUUGUAGAGUCCCUUGGCAUUUAGAAGGUGGCAGGUUACUCUUAGAGCUUAACCGUGUCUUAAGACCUGGAGGAUACUUUGUAUGGUCUGCUACUCCAGUGUACCAAAAGGAUCCAGAAAGUGUUGAGAUUUGGAAAGCGAUGGGUGAAAUUACAGUGUCAAUGUGCUGGGAUCUGGUGGUAAUUGCAAAGGACAAAUUGAAUGGAGUGGCAGCAGCAAUAUAUAGAAAACCAACUGACAAUGAAUGCUAUAACAACAGAAUAAAAAAUGAGCCACCCAUGUGCAACGAAUCUGAUGAUCCAAAUACAGCCUGGAAUGUAUCACUACAGGCUUGUAUGCACAAAGUGCCCAUUGAUGCAUCAGAGCGUGGAUCAAUCUGGCCUGAGCAAUGGCCACUAAGGUUGGAGAAACCACCUUACUGGAUAAACUCUCAGGCUGGUGUUUAUGGAAGAGCUGCUGCGGUUGAAUUCACUGCUGACUACAAGCAUUGGAAAAACGUUCUAUUCCGCUCAUAUUUGAAUGGAAUGGGCAUCAAUUGGUCUUCAGUAAGAAAUGUGAUGGACAUGAGAGCUGUUUAUGGAGGGUUUGCUGCAGCACUCAGAACCCUGAGAGUGAAUGUCUGGGUAAUGAAUGUGGUUCCGAUUGAUUCUCCGGACACACUGCCUAUAAUAUAUGAGCGUGGAUUAUUUGGUAUCUAUCAUGAUUGGUGUGAAUCCUUCAAUACAUACCCUAGAUCCUAUGAUCUUCUUCAUGCAGAUUCUAUAUUAUCAACACUUAAGAAAAAGUGCAACAUAGUGGCAGUGAUUGCAGAAGUGGAUAGGAUCCUAAGACCAGAAGGUUAUUUGGUGGUAAGAGACAAUGCUGAAACUAUUGGUGAGAUAGAAAGCAUGGCUAAGUCUCUACACUGGGAUAUUCGGCUGACAUAUUCAAAAAAUGGGGAGGGAAUACUUUGCAUUCAGAAGACAUUCUGGCGUCCAACAAAGAUGAGUCCCCGUCGUGCUUGGAAGGACGAAGUAGCAGUUCAAGUACGACUUCGUUUUUAUUAACUUUCUCUUGUUUCCAUAUUGAAAAUGUGCUUUGUAAUUAAUAUGUAUAUUCUUAAUUCAUUUA